CAAUUCUGUCCAUCCGCCAACCAUCCAAGUGAUUACAACCAAGCAGGAGAUUUGGUCGAGAUCUUCAAAAUCAAACCGACCCGCAAAUAUAAACCCGCCAAGACUCUUCAAACUUCGACAGCCCCAGAAGUAAACCAUUUGGUGCCAGAAUGGUCCAAACUUCCUAGACUUUCAUCCUCAUGA